CCACUAGGAACACUGUCUGAAACGCAGCUCUUUUACAACAAACAAAAGCCAACAAAAAAAAAAAAAACUUGGAACAGCAGCAUGUUGCUUCCUGGGACAGUGGUUGACCUCUCCCAUGACUCUCUGGGACUUCUGUUUUUUAAGGCUCCAGACUUUUCCAUUUUGUCCAGUGUGUAUCUCUCCGUCAUUGGGUCAUGUAAAGGUAGAUUGCUAGGAGCUGUAGUGACCUUGGGACAGUUUGCUGAGGGCAGAACAUUAAUUCCUGAAGGGACACAUGGUCUGGAGUGACAAGACCAUCUGCUGGAGCCGCAGCAGGAGGAAGGUGGAGUGGGGUGGCUGGUCGAAGGGGGUGCUAAGAAUUCCUUUUGCUGGGGUGUGGAGGGAGCAGAUAUUCUGGGAAACCUUUGCCAGCUCUCAGCAGGGAUACUUGUAUCUUUUAUAUUUUUUCCAAAGGAAUUUAAAAAGGAGAAUUUUCUGCACUCCUGAGGUGAAAGAGGAUCAGUUUUCCAGCUCUUAGCAGGGCAUUUUUGUGAUAAUGUUCUUGGUGUGCCACCACUGUUCCUCGCUGGAUCCGGUUUCGUCUCCAUCUCAGCUCGGCCGGAGCUGAUAGAGCUGGAUCUGGUACCGACCGUUCUGAGGGGAUCAUCUUCAAGGAGUCUUCUUUGGAGUUGUGCAGGAAGGAUCUGCUUUCUUCCUGCCUUGCUGAAACUGCAUGGCCUAAGCGAAUGAAUAUUUUCACGUUGCGCAUUGCACCAGAAAUGGGCCAGGACCAAACCAAGCAGCAGAUAGAGAAGGGCCUGAAGUUGUAUCAGUCCAAUCAGACGGAUAAAGCCCUGCAUGUCUGGACAAAAGUUCUGGAAAAGACUUCAGACCCUGGAGGGAAGUUUCGAGUUCUUGGGUGCCUGAUCACAGCCCACUCAGAAAUGGGAAAGUACAAAGAUAUGCUUAAGUAUGCCCUCGAACAGAUUGACACAGCCCGGGAAAUGGAGGACCCAGACUACCUAACUGAAGGCUACCUGAACUUGGCGCGUAGCAACGAGAAGCUGUGCGACUUCCAGAAGACGGUGUCUUACUGCCAGACCUGCUUAAAUAUGCAAGGCACCACUGUAAGCCUGCAGCUCAAUGGUCAAGUGUGUCUGAGCAUGGGCAACGCCUACCUGGGCCUCAGCGUCUUCCAGAAGGCCCUGGAGAGCUAUGAGAAGGCACUGCGCUAUGCACACAACAACGAUGACAAGAUGCUGGAGUGCAGAGUCUGCUGCAGUCUGGGAAACAUCUAUGUGCAGCUAAAGGACUACGAGAAAGCCCUGUUCUUCCCCUGCAAGGCAGCUGAACUCGUCAACGACUACGGCAAAAGCUGGAGCCUCAAGUAUCGUGCCAUGAGCCAGUUCCACAUGUCUGUGGCCUACAGGAAGCUGGAGCGUCUGCCCGACGCCAUGGGGUGCUGCGAGGAAUCCAUGAAGAUUGCUUUGCAGCAUGGCGACCGGCCCCUGCAAGCUCUGUGCUUACUGAACUUUGCAGACAUCCACCGCUGCAGGCAUGAUGUUAAUAAAGCAUUCCCUCGUUACGAGUCUGCACUGGGCAUUAUGACCGAGAUCGGAAACCGUCUUGGACAAGCGCAUGUCUAUCUGGGUGUUGCAAAAUGUUGGCUUCUGCAGAAAGAAUAUGACAAGUCUCUGGAAUCUUUGGAGCGAGCGCAAGAGCUUGCAGAUGGAAUGGGAAACAAGCUGUGCAGCCUGAAGGUUCACUCCCUACGUGAGGGCAUCUACCGCAACAACAAGCAGCAGGAGGAGCUGCGAGAGCAGGUGGUGAAGUUCCUGCAGUGUGUGGAGGAGCUGGAGCUCUACUGCGGCAUGUGUGGGGAAUCCAUCGGGGACAGGGACCAAAAGCUGCAGGCGUUACCCUGUUCCCACAUUUUCCAUCUCAAGUGUCUGCAAACAAACGGGACAAAGGGUUGCCCAAAGUGUUUCAAAUCCUCCAUCAAGCCUGGAUUUGUGUGACUGCCACCGUCAGUUUGCAUGUUGGCUCUGCAGACACGGCAUGACGCCUUCAAGGCUCUGGACUGACGUGAAGGCGGCAGGCAGCCUUAGGAUGUGCUGAAUUUCAAAAAGGCACAAACGUUUGGUCCUCUGCACACGGGACGGCUACUCUAACGCAAGAGCGUCCCCGAGUCUGUGGCUCACAAACCCAGAUUAGGGCCUCGGUCUCAUUGAGACUUCAGACUCAGUCCAUCAGAGGAGAUACUGUAUAACUAACUGUGUUAAAUUGUGAGAUAAGCUGAAAAAUCAGAUGAACUUUACAUCUGUUGCAACAGGCUAAGGACCGCCAACUUCACUGGCUGUUGUAUGUGUAAGAACCAUUUAAAAACAAUGAGAUGAGUCUUUGAUAUCUAAAAUCAAUGCAUAUGUCAAAAUUCACCACAGUUGUUCUGUAGGAAUUGUUUUUCUCACAAAAGCACAAUCACUCCUGAAUAAUACUGUUUUUUUCAUGUACAUAAUGUUCUCAUGUUAUUUUCUGGCAAACAUUUGGUUGAUUUAAUGUAUUUUUUUUGUAAAACUAACUAAAAUCUCUUAAUCUUUGAAAAACUAAUAUGUCUUUACAAACAGGUUCAUGCAGCUGUAUUAAUAUGUUAUUAUUACUUUUAUUUAUAGAGGAAAAAAACUGGACCUUUGAUCAGUCAUGUAGGCACUCAGUUUCUUGGGGAAGAUGUAGAGUUUUAGUUUAAUACAUUGUUAGUAUUUUUAUAUCACUGGUUGUAUUUUACUUACAAAGGCAUUGAACGGAUUGGCCUUUUUUUGAUGGAUAAAGUAAAAAAGAUAAACAAAUCUGGAUCUUUUUACAUGAGCUAAAUGAAUAACUAAGCAGCAAUGUGAGAUUAUGAACCCAUUUAUUUAUUUAUUUAUUUAUUUUACUGUUUAUUAGAGUAUUUCUUAACAGUCUUUGAGAUUUACUAUCAAUAUUCCAUGUAAAUGAUUUACUUCUAGCUUUAUUGUUUUGCCUAGGACGAAAAACAUAUUUAGCUAAAUAAUGUGCUUUAUUUGCAGCCAGGUUACAAAUAUUUGAGAGACUGAAGGUAAUCUGCCAGUGCAGCUAUUUACACUCAGAACUUUAGCUUUAAAAUCUAGGGUUCCUAAGCAAUCUGGAAAAGAGUCAAAUUUGAAUUCAGUAUUUUCACUAUCUGGACAAACAGGAGCAAAUAACAUGGAAAAAUAGAAAAAUUAUGCAUAUUUACAGACUUUGUUCCUGCUCCAUUGCUUAAAUCAUCCUCUGUUUCUGGGAAAUUAUGUUUGGAAUAGGAACCCUGUCUUUGUUUUACAAACUGCAGUAUGACAAAGAAGAAAUCAUUGGAUUUUUUUUCGUCACCAACUACAUUACAAUUAUUGCACAACAAAAACACGUAUGUCAGGAUUUCAGGAAGUUGACUUCACCUUUGAAAGCCAGCUGGUUAGAUGUUUCCUUUCUGGAAAAAAAACACAAAAAAACAAUGAUUCAUUGUGAGUGUACCUGCUGAGGCAGUUUAUUCAAGGUGACCACUUGGAUCCAGUAAAUAGAGAUCAUCCUGCCAGUUUCUUUAACAAUAUAAACUACCUCUGUUUUUGCCACCAGUCUUGGAAACAAGAGUAGCCACAACUUCUGUUUCUGUUAGGAUUUUCUAGUCAUAAUGAGGUACAGAUUCAAAGGCAUAGUUGGAAUACUGAUCAAACUAUGUUACUGUGUCUCAUAUGGAAGUGUUUUAUUUUUGAAAAUAAAGGGCAGUUACAGU